UGGCGUUUGGCGGUGGGAACGUGACGCCCCCAAGACAGCGAGCAUCCAACCUUCAGCCUCGACACCAAACUACGUACCUACAUCCACUGCCUCGUUUCCCAUGACAAGCCAUAACUAUCAACAAAAUCCCGUCGACAAGCCAUAAACCAUCGCCGGUCUAUUUAGUACCACAACAAUAUCCACUCGGAAUCAGAAUACACAUACGCGACGCAUUUACCCAACCAUCACAUCCACUUGCCGCCCGCGAUAGCUUCAACAACCACCUAGAAGCUAAAACAACAAACGAACCUCGACGUGCGGCAACCCCAGAUUAUCACCACCACAACACCACAACCAGACACCACAACCGCCCAACAUGGCAGAACGACAACUCACCCAAAUCCUCACCCAACUCCAGACCUCCGCCUCCUCCCUCUCCUACACCGACUCCUCCGCCCUCCUCUCCAAAGCCAAGCUCUUGCUCCUCCAACUCAACGCGCUGACCCCGACCGCGCCCGGCUCCGCUUCCAACCCCUCCCUCUUCUCUCUCGCCCGCCAAGUCUACGAGCAAGGUGCCCUGGCCUCGAUCCGCGCCAAGAACCCCGACGCCUUUUUGCGCUACGUCAGCCAGCUCCAAGGGUUCUACGAGCUCGAGAGUACUGUCGGUACCGGUGCCGCUGGUGGCAGGAUUGCCGGUGCGGACGCAAACAGGGAGGAGAAGAACAAGGUCACGGGCUUGUAUCUGCUGCUGCUGUUGACGCAGGGACAGUAUGCCGAGUUCCAUAGCGAGCUGGAGGCGCUGAGCACGAGGCUGGGUGGCGCGACGCGCGAGCUGGAGGCGGAUAGAUAUCUCGGGUAUCCCAUCAAGCUGGAGAGGUGGCUGAUGGAGGGGAGCUAUGAUCGUGUGUGGAAGGCAAUGAAGAAGGGCGAGGUUCCUUGUGAGGAGUAUGGAGUUUUUUCCGAGAUCCUCACUUUCCAAAUCCGCUCCGAAAUCGCCUCCUCCUCCGAGCGCGCCUACCCCUCGCUUCCCAUCUCCUCCACCAAGUCGCUCCUCUUCCUCGAGUCCGAGGGCGAAGUGGUCGAGUUCGCCCGCUCCCGCGGCUGGGUACUCAAGGACGGCCACAUCUACUUCCCGUCUGCUGAGCCGACGACGGAGGAGGCCGGUGCCGAGCAGGAGAAGCCCUUCAGCCGGUUGAUCAUUGAGAAUACGCUGGGCUAUGCUAGGGAGUUGGAGACGAUCGUCUAAACAGUAGAAAAACAACAAAGUGGCUGGCCGGUGUGGUAUGGGUUGGGUUGGGUUGGUUUAUGCAAGCGUUCUUAAACGAUGGUCCUUAGAGAUCUAGCUACAUAGGCAGAACAGAGGCCACGUACAGAUACACUACUUAACAUUGUGUUCCAUGUGUCGCCUAUAUGUAUACAAAAACAUGAUACAUAAUAUUACGGCUUGCGUCUGGCAUGGUAUUAUCUAACUGACAAUUCAUGCGACCACGACUUUCUGUUCGGAUUAUAGCACACGAACUUACUUGGUAGCAGGCAGUAAUUGUUAUGCAACAGGCGCGUC